AUGUUAGGAAGACACAGGGAGAGAGGUGUGGAGCUCACGGCAGUAUAAAAGCGUACGGAUUUUGUACGGAGCAUCACACAACCUCGGCGCCUCCGCGAGUCAACAUGAAAGCAUUCUUGGUAUUAGCUGCCGUAGCGGCACUCGGCUCGGCCAGGCCCGAGGCGGGCUACAGCUACAACGCUCCCGGUGGCGGCGGUGGUUUCUCCUCCGGCGGUGGACACGGAGGCGGCUUCUCCUCCGGUGGUGGUCACGGCGGUGGCUUCUCCUCUGGCGGUGGCUUUUCCUCCGGUGGCGGCCAUGGAGGCGGCUUCUCAUCUGGCGGUCUGAGCUCCAGCAGCUUCGGAAUCGGCGGCGGCAGCGGGGGCGGCUUCUCCUCCGGUGGCGGAUUCUCCUCCGGCGGCGGCGGCGGCGGCGGUUUCGGCGGCGGCUUCAGCGGCGGCUUCGGUGGCGCUCCCAUCGUCCAGAAACACAUCUACGUCCACGUUCCUCCCCCAGAACCCGAAGAACAGCGCCCCCAGAUCAUCGGCGGAGGCGGCGUCCCCCAGAAGCACUACAAGAUUAUCUUCAUUAAGGCGCCCGCUCCUCCCGCCCCCGUAGCGCCCAUCAUCCCCGCCCAGGCCCAAAACGAGGAGAAGACCCUCGUCUACGUGUUGGUCAAGAAACCCGACGAACAACCCGACAUCACCAUCCCCACCGCCGCUCCCACCCAGCCCUCCAAACCCGAAGUUUACUUCAUCAAGUACAAGACCCAGAAGGAGGGUGGCUCUAUCGGAGGUGGAUCUAUCGGAGGUGGAAUCGGAGGUGGCUCGAUCGGCGGUGGAUCUGGCAUCGGUGGUGGCAUCUCUGGCGGUAGCAUUGGCGGUGGUAUCGGUGGUGGACACGGUGGCAUCUCCGGAGGCAGCAUCGGCGGCGGACACGGCGGCAUCUCGGGCGGCAGCAUCGGCGGCGGCUCCGGCGGCGUCAGCUCUUCGUACGGCCCCCCUGGCCAGUCCGGCCCCUACUAAACACCGCGCCAAGCGCCCCCAUGUGAUACCUGCUUUGCCGGCGACUUAGUCUUAAGUAGAACAAAAAAUUACGGUGCCUAAAUGUAUUUAUGUAAAUAGUAAUUUUAAUGUAUCAUAAUUAAUUCUAGUUGUAUUGUAAAAUACUUUUUGCAUAAAAAAUCGAUAAACGAACGAAAA